GUUUUGUGUGUUUCCCUAGGUAUAAUGGACUCCAACAGUGAAGAUGGAGAGUACCAAAACCUUGACCAUGCCUCACAACGUGAUGAAACCCCGUACAGAGUGACAUAUACUAAUGGAAGAAACACAAAACAUGAGGACUACAAUAAAAAUGAAGCGCUCCCCAAAAAGAGGAAUCCAGUGAGUCGCUCUGGCAGUGGCAGAUUGAAGCGGGUGGUGUCAUGUAAGAGGAAAUCUUAUCAUCUGUCGGUGGCUCGGAGGAAGCAGCUGGGGAGCGGAAGGACUUAUGAUGCUGCAAACAAGGAGAAUGAGAUGAACUGCAUGCAGGACAUGCAUCAGGAGAUAUUUGACAUGGACCCUUGGGAGUUUCCUCUCAGUGUCAACAAUAACCACAAGACUGGUAGAACUGGUUCUGAACAAGCAGACUACUGUAUGCUCACUGAGCUUACAAAGGAUCACAGCACAAUGAUUGAUGUGCUCUUUGGGAGAAACCUGAGGCUUAAAGUGUCUUUAACACUGUGGCAGAGAAAUGUUGGAGAGCUGCUGACAUACAUUCUGAGAAUCCAAGACAUCGGCGUGUUAGUUGAUUUUCUCCCAAUGAUAAGCAAAAGCAUUGAGGAGGAUUCUCCAAGGAUCACUAUAGGCUGUUGUGUUGACCUCUUUCCAUUAGUAAAGAAAGUCCUCACCAAUCCAUAUGAAGAGUAUAUUACGGUUGGUUUAAAGUGGAUCAAUUCAGUUUUGAUAAACUGGUGGGAGGAACUUAGAGCAACUGGCUACAGUGGGUCGACUUCAGAUAAAAAUUUCCAGCUUUUUAAUCAGCAAUUAUUGGAAUUGUGGCAUCAGCAACCUUCACUGAAAUCUGUCCCAGGAACUGCUGGAGACAUUGCAAAGGUGAUUGAUUCCUUCCUGUCCCAGCUCACCUGAUGACAGAAGAGGCUGAUAAGUGUUUGUUCUCUGCUGGCACAGCACAGAUUCAAGGAAAUCCUUCGUGGAAAUACAUUACUUUGAAUAUGCAGUUUUUUCCAUACAAGAAAUGCCUAUUAAAAGUUCCUACCUGCCCUGAUGUGAUGACUGUAAAACUUCUUUAUUGAAGUUAUAAACUCUUCAUUUCUUUUUGUAUUUAUUGUCUGUCAGAGCAACUUGAAAAUAAGUUUAGAAAAAGUGCAAUUGAAGUUCUAAUGUGUGGUAAAUGUAAUUUAAUUUGACCAGAAGGAUGUUGUAAAUAUGACCACAUUGUGAGUUUCAGUGUCAAACAGAAAGUAAGACUUUGACAUGUUGUGUGUCUGUUCCAAUUAAUUCUCAAACUGGUAAUUAAUAAAUGUAUCAUUUAAAAUUG